AUGGCAAAUAUCAAUGAGGAUCAAACACGCGAUGAAAUUGCCCAGCAACUUUCCCUCACUCCUUUCGCAUGCUCCUCGCUCACACGCCUGUCUGGGGGCACAGCCAACUUUGUCUAUCGAGGUAGACUUUCCUCAACUGGACAAUCAAUCGUCAUCAAGCACACCAAGGAUCACUCGGCCUCUAACCCAGAUUUUAAAAUCGAUGUCAAGAGAUGCCACUUUGAGGAAGCCAUUCUUCAAGCCCUCGAUGGCCUGGCAAUAUAUACGAAUGGCAAAAUAAGUGUCAAAGCACCGCACUUAUUAGACUUUAAUCAGGAGACAGACACCCAGGUUUUGGAAGAUCUUCCAAAUUCAAUCGACCUGAAGAACUUCCUGCUCUCAGAGGUUUCGCAUGACUUGUCCGAAUCCUCAGGGCGAGCCUUGGGCGGUGCCCUGGGAUCCUGGUUGAGAUUGUUUCACAAUUGGACGGCCGAUGAACAGCAAAUGGAAUCUACAAAACUUCUCGGCGAGAACAAAUUCAUGAAAGAUUUGAAAUUCUGGGUGAACUACACUAUGCUGAUGGACACGAUUGAAAACUUCCCCAGUAUUCUGGAGGAGGAUCGUGAUAUUUUCGAGAAGGUCCGCGACCUCGCUGCAGCGGAGCUUGAGCGACAGAGUCAUGAUGAUGGAUAUGGAAUUAUUCACGGUGACUUCUGGACUGGAAAUGUUCUUCUUCCAAACGAGCCUCUCACUCGUCAAACCAAGACGACAAUGUUCAUUGUCGAUUGGGAAAUGUCGCAUAUCGGAAGCCGGGCAUUGGACUUGGGCCAAAUGAUUGCAGAGUUGUACGAAACAAAGCUGUUCAAGAACGUGGACGGUGGACUGUGGAUUAUGCAAGGAUUCCUAGAGGGAUACGGGGCCCUUGAUGAUGAAAUGGCUUUCCGCACUGCGAUCCACGUUGGUGUGCACCUGAUUUGCUGGGGAAGUAGAGUCCCUGGAUGGGGAACUCAAAAGCAAAUUGAGGAGGUGGUGAAGGUCGGAAGAGAUUUGAUCGUCCACGGCUGGAAAAAGGAUAAGGACUGGUUCGCGGAAGGGAGUCUUAGUUGCCUGUUCAAGGAUUGA